AAUGCGUAAUGAGGUGUAUAUCUGGUUUUCCUUCAGUAAUAGCAAUGCAGAAUGGGGAAGGAUCUACCUGGCUCCUGUGUCCUGCCUCCUGCUAUUACAGGAAGAAACCCUGAGCCCUUAAGAAGCAGUGACUGAAGAGGAAGUUAAGGAGCCACCGGAAAGAACAAACCCAUUUCAUAACAAGUUCAAGUUUGAAUUAAAUGGCUGAUAAACAGAUCAGUUUACCUGCCAAGCUGAUCAAUGGAGGGAUAGCUGGACUCAUCGGGGUCACCUGUGUAUUUCCCAUUGACUUGGCAAAGACGCGCCUGCAGAACCAGCAGAAUGGCCAGCGGAUGUACAGCAGCAUGUCCGACUGCCUCAUUAAAACAAUCCGAUCAGAAGGCUACUUUGGCAUGUAUAGAGGGGCUGCAGUGAACCUGACCCUAGUGACGCCAGAAAAGGCCAUCAAACUGGCAGCCAAUGACUUCUUCCGGCAUCACCUCUCCAAAGACGGGAAAAAGUUGACACUGCUGCGGGAGAUGCUGGCAGGCUGUGGUGCUGGCACCUGCCAGGUUAUUGUCACCACCCCCAUGGAGAUGCUCAAAAUCCAGCUGCAGGACGCGGGACGAAUCGCGGCGCAGAAGAAGCUGAUGGCAGCCCAGCUGUCGGCCCCGACAGGCGCAGCGGAGCCCGUGGUGGAAGCACGCACCACCGCCACGCAGAUCACCAGGGAGCUGCUGCGCAGCAAAGGCGUCGCGGGGCUCUACAAGGGCCUGGGAGCCACGUUGCUCAGAGAUGUCCCCUUCUCCAUCGUUUACUUCCCGCUGUUCGCAAACCUGAACAAGCUGGGCCAGAAGGACCCUGACGUGAAGGCUCCAUUCUACGUGUCCUUCCUGUCGGGCUGCGUGGCCGGCAGUACAGCAGCCGUGGCCGUGAACCCGUGCGACG